GUGAGCCGCUUUAAAAAAAAAAGGGUUUGAUUCAACGAGCGUAUAAUUUUGUUGAAUAAGCGGAUGAAUGAGAUUUUCGUAUAUAAGUCAUCAACAUUUCUUUCAACGUCUUACGCUAGGUUAGAUUAUCCAAUCGGACCUGUGGUGAUCAUAUAACUUUGAGAAGUUAACAGAUUAUUUAACCCAUUUAAUUAUGGGUUCGCUGAACCUUAUCUGCCCAAUGUGUUGCGGUGAAACUUUCAAUAACCCUCAGUCUCUUAAAUACCACUUGUUGAGUAUUACGGACAAUCUCUAUUGUCCUGGCUGUUCACAGCGUUCUGAUUCUGUGGCAGCGCUCAUUCAGCAUCUUGACAAAUGCGAGCAAAAUUUGGAGCGCAAGGAUAAAGUACAGAUUAAUGGGAGCUUUCUUGCGACUGUGAGUGACAAUGGAAUUGUUAUAAUGGAUGAUCCACAGACGAUACAAAUGGAUGAGAAUGGAGAAAUUAAAGUCGUAGAAAAGAUGGACACGGAAGAAAUACAACCAGAUCAAAAUUCUCUGGAUUUCAAGAUGUCCGAAGGGCUUUCUGGCGUCAGUGGCAGAAUGCAAAGAAGACUGCAGCCAAUGCAAGAAUUAGUGGCUGUUCCUAUAUCAAAUUUCAAUACAGAAUGCAAAACAACGGAAAAGAACGUAAUUGCAGUAUUACCGGAAAAUUCCGAAUUUCUGGAUGCCACUACCUUGAUCGAUGUUGACCGUAUAAAUGAGGCAGAAGAGAUUGACGAAACUGGUAUUUUGCGAGUCAAGCAAGAACUGUGUGAGGUGGAAUCUGAUGCUGUAUAUAGUUGCACUAGCUGUGAAAUCAGCUUCAACUCCAUUCUGGAACACAUCAAACAGUUUCACGAUGGUCAGGAAGUAUUGCUGGAAAUGGCGGAGCAAUUGAACGAUAUGGCGACGCCUACGAACCAAGUGUCCACGACGUCUGAAGAUUCGGAAAACGUAGUAAAAGGACGACAACGGCAAACAAUGAAUACGUUGCGUACAGAAGAAUGUGUAGACAAUGAGGGUAGGUUCUACACAAGAAAGGUAGUGCAAAUCGAGAAAUUCUGGGACCGUACACCGAUCCAGAUAACAUCGCAAUCAGCAAAAGCUCCAAUGAUCGAGAAGUUCUUUUCGAAUGUGGAAGGAGUUAAGGUACGAGAGAAGCGCUUAGCGACUGCGUCAAUGCGAAUGUACAGAUGCAAUCAAUGCUUGCAGCAAUUCUCCAAGUUAGGAAAUUUUCGUGUGCACGCUUGUCUUCGUGGCAACAAACGCUGCGAGCACUGCGAUCAAAGCUUCGCGACACCCAAAGCCUUGCAGCUCCACAUGAAAGUACAUGAAGGUGACAUCGAUUCAAGCCAAAAGUCAUUUAUUUGUACCAUUUGUGGUACCGAAUUCUGCUCCCACAAGAGCUUACGUUUGCAUUCAAGAAUGCAUGCCCCGGUAAGGGCUAGACAUGUUGAUGCACCCGAGGGAACUCCUAAUGCAACUUUCACUUGUCCUGAAUGUGGUAAAACUUUAUCAGAAUCAUACAAAGAUACACACAUGGCGUUACAUACUGGUGAUUCAGUGACAUGCGCUGUCUGUAACCGUAAAUUUGAUUCUGCGGACAGUUUAACGAUGCAUGCGGCAGUGCAUACUGAGAUAGCACUCUCGCCGUCACCUACCCCGCCUACUUCGAUUUCAACUUCGUUGGUCAGAGAGACAGCAGUAACAACGACGACAACAGCGACGACAAUUGCGAUGACAUCAACAACGAUGACAACAACGACAGCGACGGUGGAAACUAGUGAUAGUCAGAAACCCUAUCAGUGUCAGCAUUGUGGUCGCAGGUUUACCAGACCUCACGAAAAAGUGAAACAUGAACGAAUUCACACUGGCGAGAAACCACAUGCUUGUGAGGUUUGCGGGAAGACUUUUCGUGUGUCCUAUUGUUUGACUCUACAUAUGCGUACACAUACCGGCGUACGGCCUUAUGCUUGCCAGCACUGUGGCAAACGCUUCAAGGCGUCUUCCGUCUACAAUCAUCAUCUGCUGACACAUGGCGAAGAGCGCGCUUAUGUGUGUCCAUAUUGUCCGAAAACGUUCAAGACACGAGUGCAGUUGGCUGGACACAAGAACAGUCACACGAAGCCGUUUCGUUGUACUGAGUGCUCGCGACCGUUCGCAUCACUCUAUGCCGUUCGCGCGCACAUCCAGACACACAAGAAAGAUAAUAAUCUCAAGUUUAGCUGCUACGUAUGCGGUGCAUCAUAUGGUCGGGCGUUCGCUUUGAAGGAUCAUCUGAAGCAACACGGCCAGGAUGUGUUAGCGCCACCAGAACCUGCACGGGAAGAGGAAGUGCACGAGGACUUUCUCCUCCGAGAAGAAGGGGCCGAGCUCGUAGUCCCGUCGCCUUCGCUUCCUCUCAUCGCACAUUCUUCCGACGUAGACGAUACUGAUUAAAAUUAAUUAUUGCAAUUCGAGUCUAGUCGAAUCUUAAUGCGUGAUUGUUCCUGAAAAUCGCAAGAUUCAAAGAGUGACAUAAAAUGACUGUGUUGAAUCUUUUAUGGAGAUCUGUAAGUCUUUUCUUGUUUUAGUAAUUAUAUGUUUCAUAAGUUAUUGCAUAAAUUAUUGCGAUAACGGAUUUUUUACUAAAAGUCGAGAAUAAUUGAAAUCUAGUUAAAUAGUAAGCAUUGUUAAUUCAUUAAUAGUUUAUUUGUUCGUAUUUCUUAUAUAUGAAAUAAUUAAUUGUUCUUGAUUAUAAAUUCGUGAAUUGCAUUAGGAAUCGCAGGAUUGUACUGCCCAAAAUGAUAAUUAGCGAAUGUAAAUGUUAUAUAAUUUUAAUCAUUUUAAUUACAUAUAAUUAAAAUACAAAGAAUUUGCAGAUUUUUAAUCUAGUUUUCUGAAAAUACUUGAAUAUAUUCUAGUAAUUUUCUGAUAAUAAAUUCAUUUCCCUCCAUAUGAGAGCAUAUAAUGUGUUGCUUUAAUUUUUAUAUCAUAAAACUUCUAGUUUAUACAUUUUAUAAUAAAAAAAAGAAUUUAAAAAACUA